AUGAAUGGUAACACUAUCCAUCCAGCCAACACCACCACAACAGCAGGAGGAGGCCCAGGCGUGGCAGCGCCCCCAAGAGGCUGGAGGGAAUUCUGCGAGCUGCACGCCAUCGCCACAGCCCGGCAGCUGGCCGGACACUACCGGAGCUUCGCCAGAGAGCGGCCACAACAUGACGUGCUCCCACCGGAGACCUUCUCCAAGCAGUUCACUGACCUCUUCCAGCAGCACUUCUGCUGUGAGGUCGACAAAGAUGGCACUCCGCUCAGUCAGAACACAUGCUCCACCGCUACCGGUAGUUCUUCCUUUACCACUCUGGUGGCCCCUCCUCUUGCAUCACAGGGUGUGAUUGGUCGAUUGCGGAUCACAUCUUUGUCUGCGGUGCAGGACUAUCGAGAGGCGGGCCGACCAAGCGGAGGGGCUGCUCCGUUCACUGUGGUGUCACCAAAAUUGGAGCCGGUGUUGGUGAGUCGGGAACCGGAGCAGCCGCUGCGAUGUGCUGCAGGAAACCCCUCAUCAGGAAACCCGGCGGUGCUCAGAGGGUCGACUCGUAGCAUCGGCAGCGGGUCGCUGCUGAUUCGUAGCCGUAGCAACGAGGACGUCUCUGGCACUGAUCGAAGUCAGGUAUCUGAACGGUACUCCUCUGACUCCUCGACCUCCAACCCUGCACACGCUGACGUCACACAUUUCUCUGUCAGUCAAAUCCAGCAGACCGUAAGACGGCUCAAGACAGCUCUCAAGAAACGGCCCAGCCCCCCCUCAUCCCGUCACCUGUCUCCUAGCAACCCCAACCCCGCCACAAACAACAGCAAUCCCCCAAACAAUGGUGACAGAGUGGGCGGGAUUUCCUCCACAAAUGACGAAGUGUCAUCCUCCUCCUCUUCCUCCCAUUCUUCCUCUUGUCUGAUCUCUGAAGCCUCGCCCCCAGCCUCUUCACACAUGUUUAUGGCUGGAGUAGCCACUCACUUCCUGGAUCGCUUCCGUUGGUUACGUGGUGGAAGCAUGAGGCAGAGGAGGUCAGAGGGGAGCGGCUGCUGUAAAGAGGGCCAACUGAGGUACUUGCUGGUGGAUGACACUAUCUCAGACACUCAGCCCCGCUGGCAACGCUGCCGCCUGCUGGUCAGGAGGAUCAGGGAUGCACAAGUUGGAGGAAGAGGAAGAGGAGGGGAGAGGUACCAGUUGGAGCUCUAUGAUCCUCCAAAGGCCUCCAGUCCCAAGCUGACGACUCUCUGCUCAGAUAUCCAAGAAGUCCGUCGUUGCAACCGGCUGGAGAUGCCUGACAACUUAAACACAUUUGUUUUAAAGGUUAAUCGAGGUAGUCUGAUAUUUGAGACGGACAACGACCAGCAGGUCAGCUCCUGGACCACAGAGCUAAAAGAAUGUAUCAGCAACAGGUCAAGCAGUGUGGAUCUGGAGCCUCUCCCCUCCCCAGCUGACAGCUCCGCUCCAGCCAAUCACAGAGGGAGCUCAGAGUUGGGAAGUCAAAGCCCCGUCACCUUCGCCGUGCCCGAGCAGGUGGUCCAGAAAGCUGAUCACUUCCUGUUCUCCUACCCCUGGUUUCACGGGCCCAUCUCCCGCGUCAAGGCCGCCCAUCUGGUUCAGAGUUCUGGACCGGAGGGACACGGGGUGUUCCUGGUUCGACAGAGUGAGACACGAAGAGGAGACUACGUCCUCACGUUUAACUACCAGGGAAAAGCAAAGCACCUGCGCCUCUCGCUAACAGAAUGGGGUCAGUGCCGGGUACAGCACCUGCGCUUUCCCUCUGUUAUGGACAUGCUCAGUCACUUCCGCCUCUUCCCCAUCCCGCUAGAGUGUGGAGCCGCCGGUGCCGUCACUCUGUCCAGCUUUGUAGUGGCGGGCUCCAGCCCUCCAUCACAAGGUCAGCUCUCAGGCGCUCUUCUCGUCCCUUUCUCCCUCCAUCGGUGGAGCUCCGAGCCCAGCUUGGCUCACUGCAGCCUGGCUCGCAGCUUUAGCCAGCCCCGUUCCUCCUGCUCCACCAGCACCAGCAACACCUCCAGCCCCAGCUCUGUUUCCCAGCCGGGAAACCGCCAGUUCACUCGCACCAACCCUGUUCCUGUUCCUGUUCCUAUUCCGUCAGUUCCCGCUCCUCUUCGUCGGAGUGAAUCGGUGGGGAGGAGACCCUUGCUUCGCCACCCCAGCCCCCACAUCGCACAGCGGGACUCAGACUAUGAGCUGGAGCCUGACCGAGGUCGCAAGAGGGCAAUAGACAACCAGUACAUGUUGCUCUGACCCGCUGAGUCAAAAACCUCCAUCACCUCUGACAGAUGGCCGUCACCUGUGAAACAGAGACAGGUUAAUGCGCACAUCGUACAGACACAUUUUGUUACCCCCCCGCCCAGCUUCACGUGGGUGUGUGAGACUCUCAGAGAGUGCAUGAGGCUAACAUGAUUAUAGCAGACUCAUGAACUUGAGUGAACAAGUCUAUGUCUAAACAUACACACACAGUCACUAUGUCUGUGCUGGUAGUGUGUUUACCAGUGUCAGAGCUCCACAACCUCCACCCCGAGUGUCCACAGUGAAUGUAUUUUUGGGAGUUUUAUAACAGUGUUGAGUAUGAUGAUUAUUCUUUUUUUUUUUUAUUGAUAUUAGGUUCUGUGUGAGAGAGGGAGAGCCACAUGUGUAGCUGUCAUCGAGCCCGGGCAAAAACAUUUUUUUAAAUGUUUCUAUUCUUGUGAAUUCAAAGAGGUUCGCUUGAUUUAACUUCUUUGGCAUUUAAACUGAACUGAUGGGAAGGCACUGCCUGCGAAAUUGGUUAAAGCAAGCGCUCCUUUAAAAUAUUUAAGACAUUUACUCUUCACACACAGAACGUUGUGUGGAGUAAAUUCCCACCUUUUAAUACAAACACACAACGAGAAAGCACUCUUAUUUUAGAGUGUCUACACAGUGUAUUCCUCCUUUUGCGCAUUAUUAUAUAUUUAAGUGCACAAUGCUUUCAGUGCACUUUGAAAACAAUGUGUAUUUUUUUCUAUACACAGAUUCUUUUGUAGAAAAAAAAAAAAGAAAAAAAAAAAAAAAAAGUGUAAACUUGGUUAAAGUCAGUUGGUAAGCUGUUACUUCAAACCUUCGCUGAAGCAAAAACAGAUACCACAGAAAUUAUUCCAAAUCAGCUUUCAUCAGUACAGUUUUUACCAAAACCAGUGAGAACUUGUCGCUGUUUAUGGUGUAUGUGAGAUGAGUGAAAGUGUAGUACAUCAGCAUGAGUCUGUGUGUGGGAAUUUGUGUCCCAAUACACAAUGAUAGGUUUCCCAAAAUCAGCAUCAAGGUUUUUUGUAGUGAGCACAGUGUCACAGAAAUAAGUCCUGCCACAAAAAUCUAAGAAUGUAAUGAUAUAAAUACAAUAAUUUAUAGAUUUUUGCCAUUUCAUUCAAUGUAUAGACUGAUUAAAAAAAAAAUCCCUCUCAAUCAUCACUUAUGACCCACCAGAAGUGUGUGGUGCCUGUAUUUUAUUUUUUCUUCUUAUUUUGUUGUGUUUGAGACGUUUCUGGGCUCCAGCAAUAACAUUUUCAUUUUAUUUUCACUGCUUUGUUCUCACUAACGCCGCUCCCUCUCUUCAUUCACUCGCUCGUUUAAGCCGACCAACUUUUAAUGCCGUGUGUUUACAAACAGCAACCGACUGUUAUAUACCUUUUAAGGCGCAGUCACACAUGCGAAAGCAGGCAAGUGAUGUUCGCCCUGCUGAGGCAAUUUCCGACUGAGAGUUCACCAAAGUUGAACUCUAUGCGAAGAUGCAAAUUUGCUGCGCAAAUCGGAAGCAAAUAUUUUUCUGCCCCUUUGCUUGCAUAGAAUGGAAGUUAACGGGAGACGAAUGUUAAUUCCGCUAAUGUGUGUGCUUUUACCAUAUUAAUUCGUAGCACCUGAUACAAAGUCACCUUUCCUGGUGUUAUCUGUAUUUACAGGUGUGACAAAAGAGUCACCAUCCGGAGAAAAGACAAGUUAAUCUUUUCUCCUGAUGGCAACACAAUAUGGCCAAAAAGGACUUUGUGUCACAAUACACUUUCCACGGGUACUUAAAAUUAAAUUGAUUGCAAUUGUUACAAAUUAGUGAUGACACAUUAAUCAUACUAUAAUAAUUUCACUCCAUUCUAUUUAUUUUGUGGCAUAAAAAGUAUUCUGUGUCACUAAAAUGAGCCUCGGCACCGCCAAGGUAAAUUUGGUAUGCAUAAAGCAGAAAAAGGCGCCCUAUACAGUGCUACAGGAGUGAGAGCGACCGUGGUGUAGUUCGUUUAUGGCCUAACGUUAGCUUUUUACUUCUGGCGGUGCAUUUACAUUUCAAAAAAUCUUAAAAGUGAUGUUCAUUUGUGAAGAUUAUCUUGCUGAACAAAAUGUGUAAGUAUAAUAAACAUGUGUUUGUCACAGAGUUUAUUUUCUGCAAUAAUCCAAAACCCAAUGGGAAAUGGCCUACAAAAAUGUGUCAUCCCUGGAGCACUCUAUAGAAAACAUAAACAUGAAAGGCUUCACUCCAAAGAGCGUGAGAGGGGGAAACACUCCACAUACACAACAGGACAAAGGAGGAAUUGAAUCAGAUAUUUGACACAGCUGAAACAAGGCUCAAAGCGCUGGAAACCUCAAUCUAGGUUUAAAAUGUUUGAUAAUCUUACAUUAAACCCAUAAAGGGCUCUUAAAUGUAGACGGUGAUAUGAUGCAACUCCUGCGAGACAGUGAUACUGAAGUCACACAAGUGUCUUUGUAGAUAUUAACAUAUUUUCUUACAACUUCUUCACGCAAAUCUUGAUCUUUGGAGUAGCAUCAUGUCUCCAACACUCAUAACAUUAAAUAUUUUUCUAAGCUUUGUCUGUACAAGUUCACAACAGCAGCCAAUUGAAAAACCAAGGACGAUGACAAUAAUAUAAUUUUAUACUAUACAUAUACGUUUUAAUAGAACUUCCGUGGUUUUAAUGUGAGGCUUCGUGAGGAAGGUUUUCAGUCAGCUCAGGGGUGAUUUUUAUUGUCAAGAGCUGGAGGUCACAUAAAGGAAUACAUCCAAAAAUUAAGCUUUUACCAAAGCAAGCAUUUUUUCUUAAAAUUAUUUUUAUCUAAUGACCAGUUUGUGUAGGGUGUUCCUCAUCUCAUCCACCACCGUAGCCCAGGGUAUCUUCUCGUUAACUGGUUUAACUAACCCUACCAACCACGAUCACGCUAAGCAGUCCUACGACGGUGGUUAUCAAUUUGGUAAGUCAACCCAGGGUUUCUCAAUCUGGCUACGAGUGCGUUCACAUAAAAGGGGGUGGUGUUUGCAGCAUAUAACCAAUCACAAACAUGGACAAGUCUAGAACGGCAUAUUUUCCAAACAAAGAGCAAACUAUAAUAUUAGACAAACACAAAGAAGUUAAACACAUAAUCCAGGUUAAAUGCAACACAGUUGAAGCUGCCAAAUGCAAGAAUUACAGUUGAAAAAUGUUAACGUUGGGUAAAAAAUGUAAUAUUUGAAUGGAUUGACAGCCCUAAAAGGAAUACACACAUGUAAUUAUAGUCAGAUAUAUCAUGUUCUAGAUGGGGCAGUGAUAUUAUAAGCCUAUUAAUUCUGUUCUGCUGUCCUUUCUGCAUUUGGCAGUUUAAACUGUGUUGCUAUAGCCUGUAUUAUGACUGUAACUUCUUUGUGUGGUAUUAACUUUAGAUCCACGCAACAAGCUAUACGAGUUGAUCUCUUAUCUUGAACAUAACCUGCUCCAGGGCAUGGCAAUACCAUGGCAAUCUACCCCAGUAGGAAGUCAACCACCGUCGUAGGACUGAAAACCCAGGGUUAAAAAACUGAAGUUACCUCUCUAACCCAAAAAAUCCUGCUUCGUAGUACAGGCCUCAGUUCUAAAGAGCUGAUUUGUAACCCAAAGUGUUUCCGUCUUGAGAUCAGCCUGUGGCCACACUAGAUUUGUUUCAGUUACAUUCUUACUUGUGAACCUCAUCUCUCCUCACAGAAAACAUGAAUAGCCCAUAAACAGUGACCAGUUGUCCACAUAAAAAGCAGUAGUUUUGACACACCAAAGAUGAAAUUUUCUGUAAUUUUGUUUCAAUAUCUGACGCUUCACUUCCAUUAGCGACGGGAUGCCUUUGGGAAAUAGUGCGCUAGGACUUGUCUGUCUGUCUUCUAACCUUGCUUUAACACUAACUUUAGCAGUUGAUUAAGAUUUACCUUCAGUAAACCUAUGCUUAACGUAUGGUUUAGACCUGAUUCGGUCUGUCUCUCUGCCCAAUAAAUGCAUAAAUGCAAAUUAAUUUCCUCAUGAACAUGACCAGAGUAAGUUCGCUGUGAUUAUUCUUCUUGUUACGCAAUAAGUCAGCUUUGUCUACCAAAGGAACAUUUUUACAAUGGUUGUGUAGUUCUUCUUUAAUGUAUCAUCAUGAUCAAGACUGACAUCUUUAAUGUGUUUAUAAGGGGAACAAAAACAAGGACGUUUUUGGCAAAAGUACGGUUGGUCUUCCUGCCUUUAUGUGCCCGAGUCUAAACAAAUCCCUCAUCACUUCUCUGUUUUAUUUCUGCUAAAGGAAAGCAACGGUAACAAUAACUAUUUUGACUAUCAGUCCUCUCUCUUUGCUGAUAUUUCUAUUUUUAGGGAGAAUGACUGUGCCUUUGCCAGAAAGCUGCUGUUGCUUUUCCCCUUUUUUAAAGCUCAGGGUGUGAUGUGGUGCAGAACUUGUGUAGUGCAAUAUCUGAGAGAUGCCCAGUGCUUCACACCUUUUUAUGUAUGAAAGAAGCAAUCAGAGGCUUCUAGAUGGAUGAAUUAAGUGAAUGAGAAAUCAAUGCUUGCACCUGCUUGUAGACUGAACAAAUAUAUUUGAUAAAUGCCAAAGUUUCGAGAAAAAAAGCUUUAAAACAAGGGCUACCGCUAUUCUUUUAUGGCUUUUGAUUUUGUGUCAUGGUUCAAUCCAAUUUGUCUGCAAGAAUCGAGUUACCACUUAAGAAAAUCCUUGUGUACCUCAGGUGUCUUUAAUCCUCAACAUCCGCUCCAGCAACACCUUUAUCUACCCCGUAUGUUUAUUUUAAAAUGUCCAGUUGAUGAAUGUAAUUUGUUCUCAAUACUGUUCAUUCUGUUUAACUUAGCACUGUAAACAUUCCAGUUCAACUCAACAACAGCCAAUGAAAACAACAACAGCUUUUUAAAAUCUGUCACUGUGUCUGCAUCCCUUUCAGUUAUAAGCAUCUAAAUUAUAUUAAAUAUAUAUCAACUGUAUAUUUGUCUUUUUGUAAAAUAAACCUAACCAAAAGAAAAA